AUGUCGUCCAACCGCACCCUCAUGGACUGGACCCCGGAGGUGCAUGAGGAUAUCCUCAUUGCCUACCAGAAGACAUUGAAGCCCAACCCUGCGCAGUUGGCUACCAUCGUGGCCUCUCUCCACGAGAUGGGCUACACCUUUACCGGAUCCGCACUCAAGUAUGCCUAA